UUGUAAGAACUGGGGAAAACGUUUCAUAGCUAGCUAGAUCCUUGUUGUCCAGAAAAUUCAAGUAUUUUGGAGCGGAUUAUCAUGUGUGUUUUCGGGUAAGGAUAUACUUGGCUGCGUUUGAUGCAUAAAUUGGGCAAUUAUCAUAAUAAAUUUAAAAAAUUGAUGAAUUGACAUAGGUUAAAAAAAUUCAAGUAUUUAGUAAAUGUUAUUUUUUUUAAUGCGACAAGAUAGUUGUCAUGUUUUAGAAUAGUAAUAUUUAGUAAAUGUCGUGUUUUUGAAGCGUGAAAUGAUUAAACUGUAUCAUUUCUGGCUUAACCAGUUGACCUAGUUUAUAAUGGUUAAUGAAAUUAAUCGAUUAAUUUUAAAAAUAAUAAGAAAAAUCUCAAAACUAUCAAAAUUAAAAGGCUCGGCGAGAUUUUUUAUAUCUAAAGAUCUGAUAGCCUACGUCGUUCUCUGAACUACCAAUCGAAUCAAAAGUUAUGGUUUUUUUGACAUGUUAUUCUAGUCUGGCAUGACUAGAUCUUCUCUCAAACCUAAAUAUGUUCUAUUGAUUUAUAAAUAUAUUUGCUAGGUUAUUCAUAAAAAAUUUUAGGAUAAGGACGUGUUUAUUUAGUUAAGACAUAUAUUUUCAAACCUAACUCAUAGGUGUUAUUUUGAUGAGAAAUCAUCUGCUAUUUUAUUUAUAAUGUUAUUGAUGGUGAUACUGAUAAAACUCUGUUUAUGCAAUUAAGUUGUGUGGAAAAUAACAUGCAAGUUGCCAAUGCAGUAUUUGGUUUCAUGCAGAUUUGAGGUGUCGAUGACCAGUAUAGAUGGAGGACUCGUCCUCUUUUGGCUGAUUAUCUAAAAGCAAACUUACUAAUGACAACCAGGUUUUCCCGAUAAUGCAAGUCACCGGAGAGUUGCAUGAUGAUCACACCUUGCUGGGAUGCCCUCCGUGCUGCAUUGCCUGUCGGAACUGUCAGUGGGGCACCAAAGGUAAAGGCAAUGGAAUUGAUUGACCAAAUGGAGGUGUCGAGGCGUGGUCCUUACAGUGGAGGAUUAGGAGGGGUUUCCUUCACUGGUGAUAUGGACAUUGCACUGGCUCUUAGGACCAUGGUAUUCCCAACGGAAACUCAAUACAACACAAUGUACUCGUAUAAGGAUGCUCAGCUACGCCGUGAAUGGAUUGCUGGUGCUGGUAUAGUUGCAGACAGUGUACCCGAAGACGAGCACCGUGAGUGCCAGAACAAAGUUGCUGGGCUUGCUCGCGCCAUCGACUUGGCUGAGUUAACUUUUGUUAACAAGUCAUGAGGUUUAGCAACAGGUACAGAUAUAGAUUUCCAAUACCAGCUGACCUUUUGUAUGUAGCCAACCUGCUCUGGAAGCAAGCUAGAGUUGCUUGAGGAGAGGAAGAGAGAGUAAGAAAAGAAUGCUAGCCAAUUGUAUGUAAAACUUUUGCAAUAUAAUCAAUUUAUCCAUGCCAUGCACCCUAAAA